UUCCCUCACUCCGCGUCGCGGCUUCGAGUCGGAAGACGGCUCCCCUUUAGAAGAGAGCUAUCCAAACGACGAGCCGAACCGAGCCGAGCGGAGCCGAGAGAUGAGAUGAGAUCAUUCGCGAUCUCAUCUUUUUCGCGUGACGACCGUGUUUCGUCCUUCAAUUACGAUAAUAUAUUCGCGGUUACAACUCUACGAACAAGGAACAGUGAGGAUUUAGUUGGUGCGUGCCGAUAAAAAAAAGAAAGAAAUAUGUAAGCCUUGUGAUAAUCGAGUGCCCGAUAUCAGUGUUUAAACGUCUGACUUCGAAAUAUUAAUAUUAUCCGACGGCAGAAAGAAAGAAGAAUAAUUACAUCGCUAAUAUUGUUUACGUUCCUACGUUCUUAUUAUUAUUUAUUAAUUACGUGUUUAUUAUUGACCCGAUUAAAUAUAAUCGUGAAAAUGGUGAGAACGAUCGAGUGGUGCGAACGAUAAAGUGUUUCCAUAUACAUAACCUACCUACGCGACGUGAUAAGAUUCAAAAGUUUUCUCUUAAUCUUCCUUUCUCUCUCUCUCUCUCUCUCUCUCUCUUUUUUUCUCUUCUUUCCUCUCUCUCUCUCUCUCUCUCUUUUUCACUCUCCCUUAUUCAUUUUUCCUCCUUUCUUUAUUUCUCUCUUUUUUCCCUCCCCCUCAAAAAGGUUUGUCAUUCAAAGACGAUAAGGAAAGAGGGACCAAAGUUUUCCUUUGAGAUGUGCCCGUGAGGGCGCUGCUAUUUGCAGCUUCUAUUUACAAUUUUUUUUCUUCAUUAAUAAUAAACCUAUAAUAACAAUAACAACAAUAAUAAUAAUAAUAAUAAUAAUAAUAAUUUAAUAAUCGUAAUAACAAUUACAAACACAAUAAAAUAACGAUCGUAAUAAUCAAAGAAUAAUCAUCGGAUGAGGACGUUCCAUCGAGUUAGAAGUUAGAACCCAGACAGUUCGAGGGAAGAGGGUUUGUUGCGGUAUCGAAGCGAGAACGAGGAAGCUAGAGAGGAAGAGGAAGAAGAGGAGGUUGUGGAAGAGGAGGAAGAGGAGGAGAAGGAGGUGGAGGAGGAGGAGUCGCUCGACGGUGGCGUCGGCGGCGUCGGCGGCGGCGGCGGCGACGGCGGCGACGGCGGCGGUGGUGGUGGUGGUGGUGGUGGUGGUGGUGCUGGUGGUGGUGGUGGAAAAAGCAGAGGAGAAGCCGCUCAGCGGACGCCAUCUCCGCGUUAUCGGCAAGCGGAUCCCCCGGGACUCCCCCCCAAGCAGCUUCAACGUCGCGCACCCUCGCUGGGAAUUACCCCGCGACAGAAGCCACCCUGAUGGGAGUGUAUGAGGAGCGCGCCCCUCCUACCACCGGCAUGCACUGGCCGGCCAGCUCGCAGGAGCGCGGGAGCGGCUUGGCUGUGGGGCGUCAAGGGGGGCCCGGUAGUGCGGGGGGCCCCGGAGCAGUCGAGCAGGCAAGGGACCUAAGUCCCUGCCUCCCCGCGUCGAUGGGCGACGCUGCACGACCUACCACCUUACCGUGCAGUCCUCCCGCCGCCCACCACCACGGGUCCCAUCACACGCCCCAUCACGCGUCCCAUCAGACGCCCCAUCAGACACCUUUACAUCAAACCCAUUGCGGAACCAACAAUAACUGCUACGACGGUCCAACCACCCCCUACGAUUCUAGGGACUACGAUUCGCCUGGAGGUGGAUCGGAGUACAGAAACAACAACGGUAGUUUCGAUAAUAAUCCAAGUGACUUGAGUAUGCCACCACAAGGGACUCAUCAUCAUCAUCACCACCAUCAUCAUUCGCAUUUGCAUGCGCAAACUCAUACGCAAGAGCAACAAACCUCCGAGCAUUUGCAGACCAUUCCGAAACUCGAGCCACCACCAACGCCGCCGGCACAAUCCGAGGAUGUUCCUGGAGUUGUCUGUGCGGGUUGUGGAUUAAGGAUAUCCGACAGGUAUUAUCUUCAGGCGGUCGACAGGAGAUGGCAUGCUUCGUGUCUUCAGUGUUCUCACUGUCGUCAGGGUCUCGAUAACGAAGUCACCUGUUUCUGUAGGAAUGGGAACAUAUAUUGCAAGAAGGAUUAUUAUAGGAUGUUUGGGAGCCUAAAGAGAUGUGCGCGAUGCCAAGCGGCAAUACUCGCCUCGGAGUUGGUGAUGCGCGCGCGCGACUUGGUUUUCCACGUGCGUUGCUUUUCGUGCGCGGCGUGCGCGGUCCUGUUGACAAAAGGCGAUCACUUCGGUAUGAGGGACGGGACAGUUUUGUGUCGGCUACAUUAUGAAAUGGGCGCGGAACUUCAUCCGGCCCAGAGCCCACCGGUUCCUGUUUAUCCACCGGGUCCACAUUACGCCGGACAAUUUCCAUCUCCCGAAUUUCUCCAUCAUCAUCACCACCACCAUCAUCAUCAUACGACGGUCGCUGCGGCCGCGGCAGCGGCAGCUGCGGUCGCCGGUCAUGGGCCACCUCAUCCACAUUCGAUGCACCCUCAACAUCCUCACAGUCAUAUAAGCCCUGUGCCGCUUCAACCCUCAACGCCGUCAGUCCCCGACGCCGGUUCACCUCCAAAGGUACCCUAUUUCAAUGGAGCAGCGGCAGCGACAACAGUUGUACCACCACCGAGGCAAAAGGGACGACCAAGGAAAAGGAAGCCUAAGGAUCUCGAGGCUAUGACCGCCAGUCUCGACUUGAACGCCGACUAUAUAGACAUGCCCUUCGGAAGAGGCGGUCCUGGGACUCCAGGCAUACCUGGCUCCAAUAGUAGAACAAAACGAAUGAGGACGAGUUUCAAGCAUCACCAGUUAAGGACGAUGAAGAGUUACUUCGCGAUCAAUCACAAUCCCGACGCGAAGGAUCUCAAGCAGCUUUCCCAGAAAACUGGCUUGCCAAAAAGGGUACUGCAGAGCAUUCUUUAACGCACUAGCUACUCGACUAUCGAAUGGUAACAACGGACUUGGCUAGAUAUAUUUCAUAUCUACGUUGGUAUCUACUAGAUAAUUUCUCAAACGAUUUUGAAUGACUUAUGAAUAAAAUGGCUUCUCUACAAUUUCGUAACGCGUUCUUACUUACCGAGAACAGAUUGGCCAACUGGUUAAAGAGAAACUUUCUUCUCGAUGACUCGUACGUAGAACGUUUUCAAACUUUCACGAUUGUCCGGUGUUUAUUAGAAAAUGUUUCGAGUAUUAGAGCGUUUAUAAAUUAUUUUUGUUAAUGUAAACACGCACAUCGUUGUCCUAUCUUAUAUCUUUGAUCGAGGAUGAUUCUAAACGUCGCCGUCUCAUAUAACGAUGUCCAACGAAAUAAUUUUCCCUAAUGUUUCAACCAUCCAGAAGAAGCUUCUACGUUCUCGUUGAGAACGUAACUAAGAAGUAGUACUCGUCGACAUUUCGUUCUUCUAUUUCAGUGUUCCAAUGCAAAACUAUAUUUAUACUUGCGACAUAUUUUCAUGUAACGAAGAAGACAAGAGGAUCUUUUAAACAUACGCAAUUAUGAACUUUCAUUCUACCUAUCCUAAUCUACUUCACAAUAAGUGUUCAUCUUUAUAACAAGAAAAAAAUAUCUUCACACGGAAAUAUCUCAUUAUUUAGUAUAUUCCGUAAAACUCGUGCAAAUAUCGCGAUAAUUUCCUUCUCUUCAAUUUUAAAAUUUAUCAAAUUUAAAAAUAGAAUAUUCUAUUUAGAAAAAAGAGAAAAAAGAAAAAAAAAGAAGAAGAAGAGAAAAAAAAAUCAACGCUUUAAGAUAAACGAAAGAGGAAGCGGUCGAGAUCUCCCUUCCAACGUCCCUAUCAUUCAGAUAGCACCAAUCACUUUUUCUUAUCCUCCGAUGUCCGGACGCGUUCUUUUGCGGUUUCGGAAUUAUUUUCAUUUUCGUUUAUUCUCCUUCUCGAUAGCAUUGACAAAGAAUUAAAACUAAAAAGAAAAAGAAAAGCACGAGUGAAAAAAAAAGAAAAAAAAAAAGAAAUAAUCGCAAACAACAACAGUAAACAUCGAAUAAGAUAGAAAAGAUAUCGAUACUAUUGCUAUGAUCACUCAUUGAAAUGAUAAGAGAUGAUAAAUCAAUAUCGAAAUUGUCGAAGAAUUUAACUAUCAAAUGAAUGAUCAUAACGAAGCGAACGAGGCGAGACGUAGAGGUAUGAAAUGAUAGAUAAAGGGAACGGGGAGGUUGGUGGUUGAAAGUUGAAGGUUGGAGGACGAGAGGCCGAGAGGGAAGGUGCGAGAACCGAAGCUCGUCGCACUCGAGUCCCGUCCGACAAAACUUAGCCGGGCGUAGAUUUUGACUUGCGCCGGAUUGACGGAGGGCCAUAAUUACGGAGAAAGGCCACGGGCUCGUCGACGGAAAUAUCACGCGGACGCGCGGUUCUUUUAACUCAACGGCAGCCGGUCCGUGCCGCACUAAUUGGGAGGAGUGCGCUCGAGUGCGAGCACGCGCGCUCUACGCGUUCUCCCGCGUGAAUAUUUUUAUAGGGCUGCUACCUACCCGUUUCAAAAAGGGCGAACAUGAACGACGAACCACCGACUAUCCAUCUUCUCGCUUGGUUCUCUCUCUCUCUUUCUCUUUUUCUCUCUCUCUCUCUCUCUCUUUCUCUCUCUCUCUCUCUCUUUCUCUGUCUCUCUCUAAUACAUACAUACAUGCUCGUUCAACGCCAGACGCAAGAUAUAUUUUUGUAGUUACGCAUUGUCGCAUGGAUAUUUGGUAAUCUAUACUUAGAAACCCUCCGCAAGAGAAUUUA